AUGACAUUGACCCACAACCAAAUCGGUGCCAUAGUCUCAAGCUGCGCAGGCGCGGUCUUGCUAACGACCAUUUCAAUCCUCAUCUUCGUCCACCCAGCCCGACGCUACGCUUUCUCUCGACGCAAGUCUCCUCAUUCCAACACAGCACUCACUACCGAAGACCUAGAAUCCCAACAUCUCUCCAUAAUCGACCCUCGCUUCGCCCUCCUCAGCCAUUUCGAAACCAUCGGUAACCUCGUCAUACCUCCAAACCAUCGUCCUCUUCCCUCUGCAUUAGAUAUCAUUAACCGUGUAGCCAUGGCUAUUGCUUUACCUGCUGGUACAAAGCCCGCGAAUUUGGAAUAUGGAACGAACGAGGAAGCCGAAGAAAAAGAAUCAUGGUCUUCCAUUGAGCGGCAAGACUCGCUUGUCAUGCGUGAAAGUGCUGCUAAAGAACGGAAGACAAUGUCUGAGAAUCAUAUGGAGCAGUUGGAGAAGCUUCAGAAUAUGUUUGCUAUUGAUGAUGGUGAUGGAGAUGAAGAUGAGGAUGAGGAUGAUGCCGAGUCAGCGGAUAUUGAGAUGGAUGUGACUCAUAUUUUGGGUCGGGUAAGGCUAUGA